CUCUUAUUUGUAGACAGUUCAAGUAGUACAGAAAAAUCAUUGCUUUUCAAAGCAUUACUUAACUGUGUCAGAGCUCAAAAUAAAACUGUCUUUUCUGUUGCAAGUUCUGGAAUUGCUGCAAUUCUCUUGCCAGGUAGACGAACUGCUCACAGCAGAUUUAACAUACCUUUAAAUAUCAAUCACAACUCUUCAUGCAGCGUGGUUGAUUCUGCUUAUAAGCAUAUCUCAUUUGCUGGAAAGAUGUUUGCUUUUGAUUGUGACUUUCAGCAAAUCUUGCCAGUUAUAAAAUGGGCAACACUCUCUGAUGUUGUGGGUGUAUGCCUCAAUUGUGCUACUCUUUGGAGAUCUGUAAAAGUUCUUCACUUGACUCAAAAC